AUGAUAGGUUUCAUCUUCUGUUCAUUUACACCUUGUACGGAAAUAUCAUCUACAGUUUGCAGAUCAAAUUGGAACGCGCAUGUCGGAAGCUGAAAAGAAGAGUUUUUUUGAGCAUGCCAGUGCGUUUCACAAUGAUUAUUCUGUGUUCUAAAAUAUGUUUUAGGGACGAGAGCUCCAGGUAAAAGACAAGUGAAGCCGACAGCAGCUGUGCUUCUGGAUCUCGACUUGCCUCCCGACGAGGAGGACGACGACGAAGAGUUCGUCGGUAAACUUAUUUUCCUAUUUUAUUAAAUAAUUUCCUUGUUAUACAUCGUUCUGAAUCAGUAAUACUUUGCGUACUAAGUUGUCCACACUUCAAAAGUUACAAUUGAGUACGAAUCGAUUAAAAAUUUAUCUGCACCAACGUGCUACUUUCUUCUAUUAUUCGCACUAUAUCAUAUAUUAUUUUCUUUUUUCUGCUAAGAAAACAUUAUCAACUCAAGAAUUAAGGCUUAAUGGAUAAUUGAUCUGAGAAAUCGAAUUUUUCUUUAUGUCGCUAUUGGAUGCGAGAUUAGUUUUACAUGUUCGAGCAGCAAAAAUCUCUAGAACUACCAAAAUUUUCAGUUUGUCGCUCUGAUAACUUGAAACUAGUUUGCAUUCAUAUAUGUUCACUUAAUUAAUAUUUUUUCACAGAAGGUUGCUGUAUUUCGGAAAAAAGUUCAUUGCACCCAAAACGCUAUAUUUGACGAAGAAAAGUUGUUUCUCAAAUGAGAAUCCCGAAGCUUAAAUUUUACAGCGGAUGACGGUUCUCAAGAAUCUGAUGGCUCUUCUUCCGAAUCUUCAACUGAAGGGGAUGGAGAUGAAGAUGAGGAAGAAGAAGAAAAAGAAGGAGACGAGAAGAAGGAUAUUGAAGAAUUAGCGACCGAGACAGUCGCCGAAAGUGUUUGUUUUUUUUUUUAAUCGAAGCUGUUUUGAAAAUAUUGGUAGCGUUAAAUCUCAGUUUUUUUUUAAUAAGCUUAGGAAAUAAUUUAUUACAGAGUGUUCCAAUCUGUUCUAUUUGCUUGAACCAACGACCAUCGCUGGCCAACGACGAAGUGAUGCACUGCGACAAGUAGCCCUUCCACGAAUCUUUUCCGUAUACGGAAUGCAUUCAGAUGCGGCGUGGCGGUGCACGAGGCUUGUUAUGGCGGCGACCACACGGGAAGCCAUUCCGAGGAUUCCGACGACGACUCCCCGACGGAGCUUUGGUUCUGCGAGGCCUGCGUAUAUGGGCUCCGCGAGCCGCCGUUCUGCGAGUUCUGCCCCAGUCGCUACGGCGCUUUCAAGCGAUCUGGUAUAUACAUUUUCAUCAACCUUAUGUAUUGAAAGGUUGAUCCAGCAAAUAAAGUUUAUAUGACCAAAAAAAUGCGAAAAAUAUGAAUAGAAAAAGUUGAAAUUUUUUUCAAUUUUUUUAGUUUAAAAAAAGAGUCUAGUCAUCAGAGAACGGGUCCUGAACAGAAUAAAGGUACGUCCACAAUUGACUGCCUUCACCCUUUUUAUUUUUUUUUUUAGUAUCAAACUGCGAUAAGUUUCUAGUAUCAAACGCGCCCCCUAAUAGCGCUACACAUACCAUUCGCUAUCGGAAAAAAAAAAAUGAAAAGUUGGAAUCUAAGACGUUGAACUGAUUUUCAUCCAUUAACUUCUUGAAACGAAAUGUUUUUAUAGAUGUUGGCGGUCGAUGGGUUCAUCCUCUUUGUGCUUUUUAUACACCUUCAGCCACGUUCGGUGACAUCGAUAAAUACUCGGCGAUCAGUUGGCAAGAAAUGGACCACCGUCUGUUUGGAAAAAAGGUUCCUUAUUUUGGAUUCAUUUUCAUAUUAAAUUCAUGCAGCCGUGCUCGGCGUGUACUAAUAAGCUGGAAGCUCGGACUGGAAUAACCAUUCGCUGCGAAAUCGGACUCUGCAAGGAGCAUUUCCACGUUUCUUGUGCUCAGAGGUUAUUUUUUCGUGCAUUAUAGUUACAUUUUUAGUAGCAAAAUGUUUAUACUCCAGUAUUCAACAGUUUUAGAAGUAUAAGGACCUCAUGAAAGUGCGUAAUUUCAGCAUCUCAUGGACUAUUUUACCUUCGCUAUUAUUUUUAUGUUUUUCUUUUAUGAAAAAGGAACUAAAUUUUUCUUUGGAAGUUUUAAUCUUCAAAAAUUUCUCUGACUUUCAUUUUUCUUCCAGUUAAAAUCAAUGAGAGCUUAAAACAGACUUGGAUAUUUGGUGGACCACUCGGAAAUGGAAGAAAAGGCGACUUCGAACGAAGCGCCCGUCUCGCAGUACGUCACCUGCAAGCGUCAUUCCAACUCGGACAACGCCAAGGCCCUCCGCACCGCGUCAGAACUUUCAUUAUUAUUUUUUACUUUUUUGGAAUUGAGAGGUUUUCUAAAGAAAUUAUUAAUGCUGCAGUAUAUUCGUGAGAAUAGAAGAAGUCUUCAGAUACGCCAAAUGGUUCAUUCAAGAAGAGCGGCGCUUGACGGUGGCCCGAAGGAAAGUUCUGACUGAGCGGGAAGAAAGGAAACGUCUCGAGUACUUUGAGAAAAGCCAGCAGAACUUUAAAAGUCUUGAAUCUGUGACGAUAUGUUGGCCCAAAGAAACUUGGGGUCGUGUGAGUUUUUUUUUCCGCAAAGAAAAUCCUUCCAAACGAUGUCACGUGUUCAAAGAAAAAAAAAUUUAAAAGCUAUAUCUCCAAAAAGAAAAGUUUUGCGCAGAUAGCGACUAUGUGGAAUCAAUUCCUAGUCUAUCAAAGAUUGUUCGAGCAAGUUUAUAGAAAACUCUGAACACUACGCCAAAUGACCUUCCCUGUGAAGAGAAAGUUCGAGCCAUUUAGCAUUUUGGGGAUCCACGGUAUAGCUUAUUCACGGCUAGAUUGGGACUCAGGAAGGCGUGACCUGUCUGCGCUCUCCACUAAGCAGACGCUGUCUCUCUUCUUAUCGUGUCAGGACCCUUUUUGCGGUCAAGCCAGCCGUAAAUCAGCUACAAACGCAUUCACCACUUCCUUGUAUUCGGCCUUUUAAGGGCUAAUUUCAGCCGGAAAGAGCUCGUCGCUCGCGACAUCUCCAUACUUCUCCGCGAUAUCUCAACGCCUUCAAAGAAAAAGCCGAACUUGCCAACAUUGAUGAAGAGCAUUUCGAGCAGGAAUUCCUCCGUCUAGACGUCGAAAGUCUCCCUUUUUUGAGCCCUGGGUUUUCACGCGAGUUUGUCGAGUAAGAAAUUUUCAGUCAUAUCUUGGUUAAUCUUUCCUUCUCCAGUUACUUUUUUCAUCGCGAGAAUCAUGUUGUUCUGCAAGAGAAGAAAAAGCUCGAGAUGCUGCGCAAGUCUAUACAAACUCUGAAAGAUCGAAAGUUCUCUCGAGAAGCGGACAACGAAAAAAAACAGGUUCGUUCAGGAUCUAUUCUUUCUCGGUUUGGUGUAGCUUUCUUGCGAAUGUAGAAAGUUUGGGCAGAACGAAACUUUUAUUAAAGAAAAGGCUGAGUUGAAUGGUCGUAUGAGUCGAAGCAAUGUAGUGAGCAUGUUUGUUUCAGUUGGAAGCGCAAGCGGCUGAGUCGGCCGAAGAUCUGGAAGACUCCUGCGCGCUUCUCACUCGUUUCUACAACGUUCUGCAGCUGGUUGGAGUCAAACGCAUCAAUAAACCUUCGAUUGUUCAAAGCAAACAGUCUUCUCCACCUUCCAAGAAGAUGUUCGCGUCUUGCCCGGAUUUCGAAUAUCUCAACUGGACUUUCAGGAAGCUUUCGAAAAGUGUGACUCCGCCGGCUAGCUCUGCAAAGAAUUCUUCGGUCGAGGCUAACGGCGCCGUCCACAACUGCGCCGAGUGUAACAAGGUGAAUUUUUCGACUUUUUUCAGUUGGAUCAAUCGCGAUUUCAGACCCACGACCAACAUUUGAUGACCAACUGUGAUGAGUGUCUCAAGUAUUAUCACAUCGGAUGUUUGGAUCCGCCGCUCGAAAGGUCGUUUCCGAUAAUCACCUCAAUUUUUUUUUCGUAAAAAAAUAACUCAGCUUUUGAUAUUUAUUAUAAAUUUCUCCAAAAAUUUGUCUCCUAAGUCGGACUCUUUGUUCAUCGGUUCAUCUUUCAAAAAAUUCGAAGAUCAAAAAAGUAUUAAUAGGUAAAUCACUAUCUGAAUAUUUUUAUGUGAAUAUUCCUAGUCAGUACUGAUCAAACUUGUUUUGAGGCUUCCAAAACGAACUGCGAACAUCGGAUGGGUUUGUCACCAGUGCGAUACAGAUAAUGAAGACGAGGAAGCCGUCGAGGUUUUCGAGUUUUGAAACGAAUCUGAAAAUGAUAUAUUCAAGGACGAGACUUCGAAUGAUGGACCUCGGAAGCUGCGACAAAGAAGUGACACGUUGAAGAUCAAGAAAAAUGCAGAGAUUCAGGUAUAAAACUAGAAUAUUUUUGUAAUUCGUUAAUAAUAUCCUCCUGAGAAGAUAGAAAGAGUCUUUCAAAUUUGCUCCUUUCGCGGUUAUCUGAAUAGUCUUUUUUUCGUUGCUGAUUGUCUUUUUCAGAGCUGUCGUUUUUUGAAAAACAGAAAGAGGGGUAAGUUUCAGGGGUUCACUGCAAUUUUUAGAAAGAGUUUUUUCUGUCUUUUAAGGUUUAGCAAGUAAAUUCCUUUUAUUUGUAAGUAGGCAUCCCGUAUCUCAAAGUUUUCGAAUCCAUCUAUCCCUCAGCAACAGUAAGAAUCGAUCUGCAGGAACAGAAUCGCGCUUUCCGCGAAGCCGUGCGACGGAGCAAACUCGACUACAAGCCGCCGACAAAAAAGCCAAAGAAGCAGUCGGCGACGCCGCGGAGUCUUUCCCGCAAAACUGCCCACUCUGACGAUGACGAGCCAGAACUGUGA